GCUUUCCAAGUGAAGAUGGGCAUUUGGGCUAUUCUAUUCCUUCCACUACUUGUGGUUGGAUUUAGUGGAAUUGUAUACAUUUAUCGGAAAGUUACUCAGCUGAUGACAAAGUCUGCUGUGCGGAGCAAAGUUGUAGUAGUCACUGAUGCUCUGUCUGGUGUGGGCAAGGAAUGUGCACAAGUAUUUCAUUCAGGAGGAGCAAGGCUGAUUUUGUGUGGGAAACACCUGGACAAAUUAGAAGUUCUCUGUGAUGCUUUAAAUAGUGCAGCCGAUCCUACUAUAACUUCUUCCGAAAGUCAGCUUAUGGUGUCCGCCCAACAGAGGUAGCAGAAGAAAUUCUACGGACCGUGAACCGGAAGAAGCAGGAAGUGUUCAUGGCAAACCCCAUCGCAAAGGCAGCUGUUUAUAUUCGCACUUUCUUCCCAGAGAUAUUUUUUGCUGUGGUUGCUGCUGGAGUGAAAGAAAAACAGAAAAUUGAAGUUGAAAACUGAUCACAUCAAGUUCAUCUCCCUUGGUAAAAGGGUUAUGCCAAUUCUCUCUCGCAGAAGCUAGAGAGAGGCAUCUUGGAAGUAUGUUGUAUGAAUCCAAAUGAAACA